GGUCACAUCGAGAGCGAUCGCUUAUUUUUAUUUCGGGGAUUUUACGUAUGCUCCUAAGUUUUAUUCCUUAUCAGCUGUUGAUUAUUUAAUCCUUUGAAUUGCUUUGCCCCGUAACUAGAAGCCCAGAAAAUAUGAACAUCCUUGGCUUGACCGUUGUGUUGAUAGCGGCGGCUGCGGCUAUAUUCUUCUCCUGGCCCAGUACUCCACAAGUUGCGCCGCACCGCAACCGUGAUGAAGAGGAAGAAGAGAUCCAUGGUCCCGAUGGGAAGUUGCGAAGCCACUUCGGCCAGCAGCAAAUGCGCCGCAGCCGUCCGGGCGACAAAUGUUCAGUUUGCCUUGACGAGAUGAUGGAUGGAGAGUUGCAUAUGAUGCAGUGCGGUCAUGCGCUGCAUACAACAUGCUUCGAGGAGUAUCGCUAUUUGCGAAGGAACUGCCCUCUGUGUAGCAAGUUAGUGAAUCCGAGUCUACCCGGUGACGACUGCCCAAUCUGUUUGGGUCCACUCUCCAAGGAUGAUAUGAGGCAUCUUGCCUGUCAGCACGCUCAACAUAGUCAGUGUCUGGCUCAGUUUCGGUUUAGUGGAUAUAAAGUCUGUCCACUAUGCCGCCAACCAGAUAUAUAGAUAAGACAAUACAAAACACAUGGAUCUACAAGCGAGGAAAAGAAAAAAAAAUGUCAGCGCAAAGCGUUUGACUUUCCCAUUUAAAAUCACAAUCAGCACAAAAAGAACGCGAUAAGCAAUUGAAAUAAGUCUGUCUUAGCAUGUAAUUGUCAUAAGUUUUGUUAAAUAAACAACAUGAAACGACUUA